AGGGCUUUUUCUCUCUCUCUCCCGCUGCCGCUACUACCGUGUGCUCUGGUCUCCGAAGCACCCAAACACUUUCUAGGGUUUCCGAAGAGCUCCCUAGGGUUUCAUCACCAUGGUUCUCCAAAACGAUGUCGAUCUUUUGAAUCCCCCAGCGGAGCUCGAGAAGCGGAAGCACAAGCUUAAGCGGCUCGUGCAAUCCCCGAACUCCUUCUUCAUGGAUGUGAAGUGCCAAGGUUGCUUUAAUAUAACCACUGUUUUUAGCCACUCGCAGACCGUGGUGUUCUGCGGCAGUUGCCAAUCCGUUCUUUGCCAGCCGACUGGAGGGCGUGCAAGGCUCACCGAGGGAUGCUCUUUUAGGCGGAAGGGAGAUUAAGUGGCGCGGGUGCAAGUUUACUAUAGUCUUAUUACAUCGACUUGAUUCGAGCUAUUUAAGUCUUUGAGACUGAAAUGAGAUGUUACGGUUUGGUCGUUACGAUUUUUCCUUUUCAAGCUGAAGUUUUGGUAUUUGGUCUCAUUUAUUGUAGGUUGUUGAUUUUGUUUAACUUGUUCUCAUGUUGCUAUUGUUGCAUUUCUGGAUCUUAAUUGGAAAAAUGAGUCUACGAUAAUUGAUACUGGAUUGUUAUCUAUUGUGGUUCUGGAAUGGAUAUGUAAUUCGUCACUACAAAUGCUUGAAAUUGGUAUUUUGUUUUAACUGGAA